GGUGUCCGGGUUUAAGUUCACCUGCAGCGGGCCGCCGGAGCCCCGAGGUUUGUCUGUUCCUCCUGCUGAGGCUGUGAGCGGAUCAGAACCGAGCGGCACCUGUUCGCGUUACCUGGUGUGAGCGCGCAGAGCUGCAGGGACGUUGGAAAUGACAAGAAGCGGCUGCUGUCGUGAAGCUUCCACUGCUGCAGGAACAAAAGCAGCUUUUUACAUAAUGAGCUGUUUCUAAAUAGAGGUUCCGUCUGUGGAGUCCAGAUCCUCACUGCUCUGGCUGCUGCUUCGUGCUGCUCUGAACCAGCACCAGGGCUCUGGUACCGGCUCCAGGAACCCGGCUGAUGUCUGCGUCCGUCCUGCGUCCAGGUGGACUCUGUGGUCUGCUCUGUGGAGUCGUGCUGCUGGCCGCCUCGCCGCUGCUCACCGCAGGUCGACUGAACAACUGCUCUCACCCUCUGGUGCCUGAACAUGGAGGCUUCCGCUGCGAUCCGUCUCCGUGCCGAGGAUUCCCUCACAAGAGCUCGAUCCGGUUCUUCUGCGAACCCGGGUACCACGUCAGCGCCAAGAUCCCCGUCUCCAGGUGUCGCCACGGCCGGUGGCAUCCUCCGAUACCCACCUGCAUCCCCAUCAAAGAGGGUCCCAACAUGAAGUCGGAUGAGCGAGCGAAUGACUCGAUCCCCAGCAUGGCCACCACGGCGGUGGGCGUGUCCAUCUUCCUGCUGACCACCACCGCCUGCCUGGUGGUCAAGUCCCGCCUCUACCCCUGUCAGUCACACAGCCGCCGCUCCUCGGACCAGCUGGACCUGAUGGUGGACGGCCUCCCGGUGUCCCUGCCCUCCUACGAGGAGGCGGUUUACGGCAGCUGGGGGCAGCGACUCCCGUCCUGCUCGGCUCCGGGACCCACUCAGCUGCUGCUGGCUCAGGAGGCGUCCGGCUGCCACCCUUCGCCUCCGUCGGACGGCAGCCAGCGGCCCCUCCUGUCCGGCCAGAGCCCCGACAACCCGCCGCCCCCCUACGAGGAGGUCCAGUCCAGAGACCGGGGCGGCGGCAGCGGCGGCGACGUCCGGCAGCUUCGCGUCUCGCUUUCGGACGACAAGGACACUUGAUGGACGGACGGAGGCUUGACAUGAGACUACGUUAGCAGCACGUGGGGGUGUGCGGUUGUUUGGCGUUGAGAUUUUGACAGCUGGACACGAAGCAGGAAGCGACGGACUCCUGGACGGCACUUUUACCAGCAUCAGCACCUGCCAGGUGCUAUUUUAGAUGAUAAGCUCUGAUUGGCCAGUUGUGGGGUCACUGAGACCCGACGGAGGAGGACUGAAGUACAUUUCUAAAUGAGUUGUGUUGUUGUUGUGUGAGGAGGCAUGAUGAUGAUGAUGAUGAUGAUGAUGAUGAUGAUGAUGAUGAUGAUGAUGAUGUUGUUCACAUUCUGCUGUCUGGCGAAUUAUUUCCGCCUCGUUUUGUGACGAAAACGCAUUUAAUUGUUUAAAUGAUGUCAAAGGAGAUACGAGGUUUUCACAGGACAGCAGCGUGUGUGUGUGUGUGUGUGUGUGUGUGUGUGUGUGUGUGCGUGUGUGUGUGCAUGUGUGUGCGCGUGUGUGUUUUCAGUGUUGCUCUGGAGACGUCGUCCAUCCUUCCCGUCAGUGACGGGGCCGAUCGAGGCAGCGUGCUGUUAUCAUACAGAAACCUGUGCGUUUCCAUGGCAACUGCCUCCGUACCGUUUCUGUUGUCUGAGACUUUUGCACAGCGUUUUUUCUUUUUCUUUCUUUCUUUGAUCAGACGAGCUGCGCAGACACUCGGUGGAGGUUUUGUGAUGUUAAUUUAAGAAGAUUUUUAUUGUACAGCCGAUAUUUAGAGCAAAACGGUUUUUAAAAGUGUUCACUCAGCGCUGAGUGACGUAAAAAAAAAAAUCAUUUAACGUUUGAUUAAUCAGAAUCGAUGCUCUUGUUUACUGACCGAGACAAUCCAGUGAGUAAAUUCUACAUCAAUCAGAGGAGAAAGACACGAUGUUGGACCAAAUCCUUCAGAUGAGCUGAAGCUGAUUGAUGAUUGAUUUAUUGAUAAGCUGAUUUAUUUUUCUUGUCCUGGCUUCACCUGCUGCUUCUCUCCUUCACUCUGGCGCCUUCACAGACCUUGAAUGUAUUUAAUGUCUUAUUUCGUGGCUACGGACCUGAGCUAUAUUAUAUGGAUUGUAAUAUUUACAGAAUGAUUAUUUGUACGUUGUAUUAUUGCACAGAAUUAUACGAUAAAUAAAUGUUGAGGUGUUCCUUUGUUUGA